AUGGCGAUCUUGCACUACCUCGAGUUCCUCCUCGGCCGAUUACUGUACCCUAUCCGCGGUCAUGAUUCGGGCCAAAUCAUUCACUCUCCAGCCUUCAAAGAUCUCACCAAGCCAAACAUUAUUCUUGAAGCCCCGGAGAUAGGUCCUUCUGGCUCCAAGCUUCCUCUCAACUGUACCUGCAAGGCCCAGGAUGGCAGAGGUGCCCUCCCUGAGCUUCGUUGGAGCGCACCAAAAUCAAGCGAGGAGGUCAAGGAAUAUGUUCUACUCUGUGAAGACCUCGACCCACCUAUCCCUUUCAUCGUCUUUCAUCACGGCCUUCUAUGGGCUAUUCCCGCAUCAACGAACAAGGCCGACCAGAAGGAUGUCGCACCAGGCGAGCACGCCAAGAUAUCUCGCCAGACAGUCGCCGGCUGGCGAUUUGUUCCCAAUAUACUAGGAACUCCCUACGUCGGUGCAGGUGCGCCACUUGGGCAUGGAAAGCAUCGAUAUGUAUUUACCAUCGUCGCACUCAGCGAAUCGCUGAAGUUUCAAGCCCCGGAGACUGCCAGCAAGAAAGACAUCAAGCGAGCCUUGGAGGGCAAAGUCGUCGGUUGGGGUCAGUGGACCGGUGUCUUUGAGAAGCCCUGGCCUCGCUAG